AUGCGUCGUUUUAUCACAAAACUUGUUGUGAUAUGGCUCAUUGUCUCUAGUAUCCUUUCACUCAUUGCUGUAGCAACUCCAACCCCCUUCUCUCUCUCCUCCUCUUCUGUACAACACAAACAACUUGGCUACAAGAAUAUUCUCAUUUUGUGUUUACCAUUUGCAGGACAUGUUACUCCCCACAUCGAACUUGUAGAGAGUCUGGCCCAUAGAGAAAAAAUCGGAAAUGUUACUUUUGCAAACAUUGAACUUUCAAAACCAUUCAUUAGAUCAUUGAUAGAGAAGAUCAAUGCUGUAAGAAUGACUCAAGCGAGCAACGCACUCUCAAAAAUUCACAUUCACUUUUUCAAUGAUGACAAUUUGGAAUUCAACACCCCUGCAAGAUAUGAACAAAUCACAACAGAGAUGGAUUCAGUACCAGAAGACAAGGUGCAUGAGAUCAUGAUCCACCGUUUGUUGGUACCCUAUCAAAGGCUUCUACUACAUCAAUUGGAAAUUGUUGAAGUACAUGAUGGACGUCUUUUGAAGGUACUCGCAUUAGGCACUCCUGAAGCAUUAUCCAACACGGAACAAGUCAAAAGAUUUGUACGAAUCAAGGAAGAUCCUUCUCAAACCUUGUUUGAGUAUGUUGUGGUAGAUAAUUUUCUCACAGCUCUUUCUGCAAUUGUCGCCAAAUACAAUAUAGCCUGUACAAAAAUAUUCAGCUCUAUAAUGAAUGAUCCAUUGAGACAUCCAACACUGAAUGCUCCUAAAUUGGAAUAUUUUACAAAUUUCAUUCACCGAUUGAAAAUUCCCUUGUUUAUCAAGAAAGAUCUUGAAAUUAUCAAUCGAAUAAGAAAUGGAAUUGGUAAUCAUUACUUUGAUCUUGGUGACUUAAAAUCAAGUGACACCAAAUGCACUAGAAUUCAAACAAGUAGUCUAGGACUUAAUUAUGCUUCAUCUAGCACACAACAACCAAAUUCAUUCCUGGUGGGAGCUUUUAUCAGUCAUAAGAAUUUACAAUUAGAGGUUGAAAAGCUCAACCAUUUAUCUCUUGACUCAGAAAAUUUGGAAUAUUAUAGAAUUGUUGAAUGGAUGAAUGAUCAACAUGAAAUACUGCUUGCCAUUUUCGGAUCAACCAUGAAACUCAAGGAGUCAGAAUUGAAGGAGUUGCUUGAAGCAUUCCAUAAUUCUUUAAAACACACUACUGUUUCUAUUGUUAUGGCUCUUAGCUCAACAAACUUGAUCAAUUUCACAAAAUUACGACACUCUCAUUCGUUCAUGAUUGAUAAUUUGUUAUCUCAUCCAAGGUUCAAGUUGCUUACAAAUUUCGUCCCACAAAAAGCUCUUCUUUCUUUUCAAAACGUGAAAGUAAUGAUUACACAUUGUGGAGCUGGUAGUGUCAACGAAGCAAUAUACUUUGGGAAACGUCUUAUUGGAAUUCCAUAUGAUUAUGAUCAAUUUCGAGUUUCGAAUAUGAUUCAAGAAACCCGUGUUGGUAUUUCAAUUGUUAGCUCCAAAGAGGAAAAAGGUAAAUGGACAUCUGACACAGUAUAUAAUGCUAUUACUACAAUACUCUUUUCAAAUGAAAGUGAGACUUUCAGAAUACAAGUUCACAAAAUGCAAACUUUAUCAAGGUAUGCUGGUGGAGUUGAAAGAGCAGCCGAAAUUAUUGAAAUGAUGGCACAACUCGAAGGAGAUUUAUCUUGGGCUGUUGUUGACAAACAUUUGACUUGGUAUCAGUUCUUUUUUAUUGACGUUAUUGGUUUUUAUCUUGCCGUGAUUGUGUCUUUAAUCAUUGCUGUUUGUCGAUUUGGUUUUAGAUGUUAUUGCUGUAAAAAGAAUGGGAAUCUAAAGAAACAUGUUAAUACGCCGUAUUAG